CUCUUAGAGCCCUUAAUUUGUCUUCUGGUCUUGUCACGGGGCCGUUGAGCUUGAGGACAGCCUCUCAUGAAGUGACGACGGGUCAUCUGUGACACCCUCUCGAAUCCCACCCUACAGGGUCACAUGUCGAGUGGUGUAAACAGCUCAUAGCUGCUACCAUUUCUAGUCAGAUUUCAGGGUCGGUGCCAUCAGAGAGCGUAUCCAGAGAUUACAGGAGGUUCUCAAACUGUGGUCUGCGGACCACCAGUGGUCUGCAAGCUACAUUCAGGUGGUCUGCAGUAGUGUCGCAGAACGAUCGAGAAUAUCUGUACUUUUAAGGAGAUUCAGGAUGGACACAAUGGCUAUCAUUCUGAAGCAGAAGCUGAUCAGGUGGCACUGAGAGAUGGGAACAAGCUGGCACAGAUGGAAGAGGCACCACUUUUUCCUGGAGAAUCAAUCAAAGUUAUUGCUAAAGAUGUCAUGUAUAUCUGUCCAUUUAUGGGAGCAGUCAGUGGUACGCUGACAGUAACGGACUACAGGCUGUAUAUCAAAAGCAUUGAGAGGGAUCCACCUUUUGUUCUUGAUGUUCCCCUUGGAGUAAUAAGUAGAGUUGAAAAGAUUGGGGCACAGAGCCAUGGAGACAACUCCUUUGGGAUAGAAAUUGUGUGCAAGGAUAUGAGAAACUUGAGGCUUGCCUACAAACAGGAAGAACAAAGCAGACUGGAGAUUUUUGAGAACCUUGUAACGCGUGCAUUUCCUGUCUCUAAGGGGCUGCCACUUUUUGCUUUCAGCUAUAAAGAAAAAUUUCCUAUCAAUGGCUGGAAAGUUUAUGAUCCAAUGGCAGAAUAUAAGAGGCAGGGUUUGCCCAACGAGAGUUGGAAAAUAUCCAGAAUUAACAGCACUUUUGAACUCUGUGAUACUUAUCCUGCCAUCCUUGUUGUGCCAACCAGUGUGAAGGAUGACGACCUCUCAAAAGUGGCAGCGUUUAGAACCAAAGGAAGAGUUCCAGUGUUAUCGUGGAUUCAUCCCGAGAGCCAGGCAACCAUAACACGCUGCAGCCAGCCUCUGAUAGGACCAAAUGACAAACAUUGCAAAGAAGAUGAAAAAUACUUACAAACCAUAAUGGAUGCCAAUGCCCAGUCGCACAAGCUUAUCAUCUUUGAUGCCAGGCAAAAUAGUGUUGCUGAUGCGAACAAAGUAAAAGGUGGAGGCUAUGAAAAUGAAAGUUCCUAUCCUAAUGUUGAACUGUUUUUUUUGGAAAUUCAUAACAUUCAUGUGAUGAGAGAAUCACUGCGCAAGCUGAAAGAAAUAGUUUAUCCUACUAUUGAUGAGGCUCGGUGGUUGUCCAACAUAGAUUCAACACACUGGUUGGACUACAUAAGGAUGCUUCUUGCUGGAGCAGUCAGAAUUGCUGAUAAAAUUGAAUCUGGUAAAACAUCAGUGGUGGUACACUGCAGUGAUGGCUGGGAUCGAACUGCCCAGCUGACUUCAUUAGCCAUGCUUAUGUUGGACAGCUAUUAUCGAACUAUCAAAGGAUUUGAAACUCUUAUAGAAAAAGAGUGGAUAAGUUUUGGACAUCGGUUUGCCAUGCGAGUAGGCCAUGGAGAUGAUGAUCAUGCAGGUGCUGACAGAUCUCCCAUUUUCCUUCAGUUCAUUGAUUGUGUUUGGCAAAUGACAAGGCAGUUUCCUGCAGCUUUUGAAUUCAAUGAACUUUUUUUGGUCACCAUUUUGGAUCAUCUUUAUAGCUGCCUCUUUGGGACUUUUUUAUUCAACUGUGAACAGGAGCGCGUAAAAGAAGAAAUAAGCACAAAGACUGUAUCGUUAUGGUCCUAUGUUAAUAGUCAACUAGAUGAAUUUACAAACCCUUUCUAUGUAAACUAUGAACACCAUGUCCUGUAUCCAGUUGCCAGUCUGAACCACUUGGAGUUAUGGGUAAACUAUUAUGUCAGAUGGAAUCCACGAAUGCGGCCACAGAUGCCAAUUCAUCAGAAUCUGAAGGAGCUACUUGCCAUCAGAGCUGAGCUGCAGAAGAAGCUGGAAGAGCUGCAGCGGGAAGCUGCUACUCGAUCCAUUUCUUCGUCCUCGGAUAGAGGAUCCUCCCCGUCUCACUCCGCCACGCCUGUGCACACUUCUGUCUGACGUGUGACAAGAGCCAUGGAAAGCAACUCAGGCCAGGUAUACCGAGAGGGUGCAGUGUUUUUUUUCCCUUCCUCAAGGACUGAGCGGCUUAAAAUUGCUACGAUCUACAUGCCUUACUCUGUGUCUGUUUUCUGUUACGAGGCCAAAAAGAGCUUCAGUAGUUGUGAUGGUAUUUUCUUAUGUUGGCAGUUCCUGUGCGUCUGUUUUGACAUCUCUAGUUAAAUCACCAAUUGUAGAAUUUACUUUAUUUUGAGCAACCAACAAUUUAACCAUCUUAAAAAGGAACCCAUCUGUCAGACAGAUAAUGCAAGAGGCUUUUUGCUAUCUUGGGUACAGUGGCUGGUUGAGAGAACCAACUGAAAUGCCAUGUGACACUUGCGCUUAAUCAGAACAUUGUGAUUUUGUUGUUGUGAAUGGGAACUCUAUUUAACUCAGUACAUAUAUUUUUUUUAUACAGAGCAACUGUUAUUCUUGGGGACGUGUUUGGGUAAUUGAUGCACUUUGAUUUUAAAUUAGGUAUUUUCCAGUGCAGCCAGUUUUACAUUUUGAGUAAAUAUGUCAUUUAAAAUAAAUGGUUAUGAAGAUAGCAGGAUUUGACAACUAUUGCACACUUAUUGGUACUUGUAUUGCUGUAAUAUAUGUGGUGAAGCAUGGAUUUUAGAUUUUUUUUUAAUGCCUUUUUUUACAAGUUUGAAUGAGGUCUUUUGAUUAGUUUAUUGUUCAGUUUCACUGUCAAGUGAGGUGUGAGCUUAAUCAUGUCAGCAUCUCGUGCGAAGUACCGUUAGCUUUCUAGUAAAGGCAGUGUUUUGGCUUAGGCUGGCACUGAACCGUGUAGUCCACAGCUUCAUGUUUUCUUACGUGUAUCCUGUUAAACAUGUACGCACACAAUUCUCCGUGUGCUUGAGUGUGUGUACGCAAUGCUAAACGCAUGUACACACACUCUCUCAGUUUUAUAUUUUAUGCGUUCAGAAAAAUGGUUCCUGCCUCUCCAAACGUUUUGGAAGAUAUUAACCUGUAACAACUUUGUUUGACAAAGAUUUUAAAUCACUUGAUCUUAGUUGGUUUCCUUGAAAUAACCUGUUGGCUUUUGCAAUGCUGCCAGCAGUCUUCUCAAAAGUGAAUAAGCAAAACCAGUUUUCUGCACUUGCACAUGUAUUGUAUAGCUAAUGUAUAAUGCACGCUACUGCGCACGCCUCCUGCUAGCAUGAACAGUAGCAGCGGAAGUGCUGUAAUCAGUCUCUUAAGUUUACUUAUACACGAUGCGUGAUACUGCCGUAUGUCCUUUUGACUUUUAUGGUACUUGCGUUUUUAAAGUGGUUCAGCUUAAGAUGGUCUGAAAUGCCACAUCCGUUAAUCAAAGUCAGGCUUUUUUAUAAAAAAGACGAAGUGUGCUUUUUAUAUAAAAAUGAUUCUACGAGACAAUAUACUAGCAAUCAGUUUUAUAUGGCCAACAUAUGUUAGGCUGGUAGUGAAUUCAAAUCUUUGAUACCUCAAAUUUAGCAAGGCAUUUUAAUGAUCUACUAUUUAGAGAUGAAUGUUUCUAAAACACAACCUAAGAAAGGAGUUUGGAAUUUGUUCUUCAUUGGAGCUAGUAAUCAUGAAAGUUUUUUGCUCCAUAGUUUAUUGGCCAAGGAGUGUUUGGGAUCAACAGAGCCAUUGUGAGAUAUUAAAACACUUAAGCGCUCAGAGUGAGAAUCUCUGGAUUCAUUUUUAUAUAGAAAAGCAUCGCUCAUUCCUCCAAAUAACCUGUUUGUACCCUAGUUUUUCAACAUGCCUGAGUGAUCCUUCCAUUAUUUCACAGGGGUACCUGAGGAGGCCUCCUAAUAACAUGAUGGGCAUAACGAGCACAGUGGAUUUCACUGUCUUGUCUUAACUUGGUAGUUUCUUGUCUCUUAGUUAAAGUGUGGCUCUGCUCUGAAAAGGUGACAGCAACAUGAUUUCUUCUCACUUGCUCUGCUUGCUGUGGGUAUUCAAAAUUUUAGCAUAACGACUGUGGCAAAAUUAAUGAUUGUUACUACGAUUUAUUCUUGUUAACGCUGCAGAAGCAGCACAGGUCUGCGAGAGGGAGCAGACCUCUUCUAAAUUGGGCAUCAUCAACAGAAUUGGUCACUUCUGCUCCAGUCGGCAGACCUCAUCUCUGCUGCUGCAACUAAAAUCUCCCGAAGGCAAAGGGAGCGCGGGUGGACAGCAGGCAGGCAGCGACUCGUGCCGCAAGGGAUGCGAGUGGGGAAACAGUCCUACUCCAGCGUCCCACCAGGCUCUGGUAAACCACCUGCAGGGCAGUGUCUGCAGCAUGGAGUGCACGCUGCCAUUGGUCACGUUUUACAGCUGAGCUGCAUUUUCACGUGUUUGCUCCUCCCCCAAGCUCUUUGUUUUGUAAAAUCAAAGAAGGUUUGAUUAGGCUGGGCAGGGGCGAACUGAACAGUCUCAUCCACCUGGCCCCACCGCUCCCUCCUGCAGUCUUCCAGCCACAGAAUUAAAAGCUGAUAUGAUAAA